AAUAAUAAUAAUAAUAAUAAUAAUAAUAAUAAAAAAAAGGAAGAAAAAACAUCACCGCGUAUAAAUCAUUACAAUCGUUUGUCCAAUCUUCCCCAGGUGUCAAGUUUUGGGGAUUCAUCAGUCCAAUCAAACACGCCCUUUUGACCCCAUCUUUCUUCUUCCUUCCCCCACUUUCUUAAUCACUCUCACUCUUCCCUUCCUCUACUUCACUGACUCCCUCCUCAUAUAAAUACACCAAAGCCGCCAAUUCCCCUCUCCAUUCUGCACCAAAACCAACAAACAAAACUCAAUUCUCCUCAUCAUCAUCCAAAUUCCAAAUUCCAAGUACGGAAAAUAUCAUCAUCUAUAAAACAAAAAAAAAAGAGAUGGUUAAAUCGAGAUUCCAAAAGCUUCAAGAUCAACAAGCAACUUCUUCCAGUACUACCACUACGACGUCGUCGGAGAGGUCUUGCAACAGCGUUGACUCAAGUAGCAGUAGUACUAAGUAUAAGGGUGUCCGAAAGCGGAAGUGGGGGAAAUAUGUGUCCGAGAUUAGACUUCCCAACAGCCGUGCUCGGAUAUGGUUGGGUUCCUACGACACCGCCGAGAAAGCCGCCAAGGCCUUCGACGCCGCCCUUUUCUGCUUGCGUGGCAAGUCCGCCAAAUUUAAUUUCCCGGAUAACCCGCCCGAUAUAGUCAACGGCCGGUCCAUGAGCUCCGCCGAGAUUCAAGUCGCCGCUGCCCGGUUUGCUAAUUCGGAGCAGCCCGAUGAUGGAGCCCGGGUGGAUCACUUGGCGGUUUCGGAUCAUUCUUCUUCUUCGACUUCGUCGGAGAUUGCAGAAUCUCCCUGCCCGUCGGUUUCUGAUGGGGUGGUAAACUUGGAGAGCGAAUUGCCUGAAAUACCCUUGGACACUGCUUUCUUGGAUACCUUCUCCACCAUGGGUUGGGAUGUUCAUGAGGGUAACAACGUAAACAGCAACAACCACCACCAUCGUCACAACAACAACGACGUCGUUGCCGAUUUUGGAAUAUUCCCUGGAUUUGAUGAUUUUUUUGCCGCACCAAUUCCAACCCUUGAUUCCUAUGGGGAAGAGAAUUGCGAUGGUUUUUACUCUCAAGAUUCUGCUACUCUUUGGAAUUUUUGUUAGAUUCAUUUUUUUAUUCUUUUACUUAGCUUGUGGAUGGUCCGAUUUUUUUAGUAUGGUCAUCAACUAGCUUGCGAUUUCUCUCUUAUUAUUAUUCUUUAAAUUCUUCCCUAUUCAAAUAUUCUUUCAUUCUUUUUAUAGGUUUAAAGCAAAAUUAGAUUUGAUCGAGCAAGGUUUUUAGGGUUUAUUACAUGUACCGUAAUGUGUAAAUGUAAUAUUCUUUUAAUCUUUAAUUUAUUUAUUUUUUUCAUCUUACUUUUACUCAAAUGACUAUUCGUAUUUAUUUCAUCCUUAAAAAAAACUGUUUUUAUUCAAAAAGCCCAACAAAUCCAAACGCGGACAUAGACAUGUAACAAUAGUUAAAAUACUUUCUCAGAGUGUUUUUUCUCUCGAAAGAGAUUUAUCGAGCUCAAAUUCAGAUUAGUCGGAGCAAUAAUUUCAAACACCGUGUAACAUAGUAUUAAAAAAACUCAACAAAUGGGACUUUAGGCAUAACUAUAAACUGGAAAUUAUGGGCUUAUAGUUUACGAGCAGGAAAAAAGUACGGGCUGGCAGUAGCCGCCAUGGUGUAAUUUACUUCCCUCCAGGAAAGAGGAACUGAGGAUUUUUUUAUUUUCUUUUUCAUCCUCCACAUUAUUCACAUGAGGUUUAUGGAUGGCGUGAAUCUAUAUAAUAAAUCCGGAUGAACUUAUGCGCCGCGGGCCAAGAAUGACUCCUAUAUAUGUA